UUUUGUGGUUACUCUUUUAUUUGGAAAAAGCAACUCAGAAAAAUACCUUGAGCAGUGUGAACAUUCAUUUCUUCCUUGUACAUCAGUUGGGAUCCCAAAGUGCAUAGAAGAGAUGAAACGUGAAGCCAGACCUAUUAAGAUUGACAGAAGACUGACGGGUGCAAAUAUAAUUGAUGAGCCUUUGCAGCAGGUAAUCCAGUUUUCCCUGAGAGACUAUGUGCAGUAUUGGUAUUACACACUAAGUGAUGAUGAAUCAUUUCUUCUGGAAAUCAGGCAGGCUCUUCAGUAUGCACUUGUUCAGUUUUCUGCCAGAUCAAAGGAAACAGACUGGCAGCCUUAUUUCACUACACGACUUGUUGAUGACUUUGGCACUCAUCUUAGAGUUUUCAGAAAAGCUCAACAAAGAAUAGCAGAGAAAGGUGACCAGAUGAAAGACCAAGCUGAGGAACUUGUAGAUACAUUCUUUGAGGUUGAAGUUGAAAUGGAAAAAGAAGUCUGUCGUGACCUAGUCUGCACUUCUCCCAAAGAUGAAGAAGGAUUCCUAAGGGAUCUGUGUGAGGUUUUACUGUAUAUAUUGCUACCUCCUGGAGACUUCCAGAACAAGAUCAUGCGAUACUUUGUCAGGGAAAUCCUCUCCCGAGGAAUUCUUCUUCCAUUAAUAAACCAGCUCAGUGAUCCUGAUUAUAUUAAUCAGUAUGUCAUAUGGAUGAUUCGUGAUUCCAACUGUAACUAUGAGGCCUUUAUGAAUAUUAUUAAAUUAAGUGAUAAUAUAGGAGAGUUGGAAGCAGUGAAAGAUAAAGCAAGUGAAGAACUGCAGUAUCUUCGAUCUCUAGAUACAGCGGGAGAUGAUAUCAACACUAUAAAAAAUCAAAUAAACAGUUUAUUAUAUGUUAUUAAAGUAUGUGAUUCAAGAAUUCAGAGGUUGCAGUCAGGAAAAGAAAUAGAUACUGUGAAACUGGCAGCAAACUUUGGAAAACUUUGCACAGUCCCUCUGGACCAUAUUCUGGUAGACAAUGUUGCACUACAAUUUUUUAUGGAUUACAUGCAGCAGACUGGUGGCCAAGCACAUCUGUUUUUCUGGAUGACAGUGGAAGGAUACAGGGUUACGGCACAGCAACAGCUGGAGGUACUUCAAAGCCGACAGAAAGAUGGAAAACAUCAGACUAAUCAAACCAAGGGUCUAUUAAGAGCAGCUGCAUUUGGAGUUUAUGAGCAGUAUUUAUCAGAAAAGGCAUCUCCAAGAGUUAAUAUUGAUGACAACUUAGUAGCAAAACUGGCAGAAACACUGAACCAUGAAGAUCCAACACCUGAAAUCUUUGAUGACAUUCAGAGAAAGGUAUAUGAAUUGAUGCUGCGGGAUGAAAGAUUCUACCCUUCAUUCAAACAGAACGUGUUGUAUGUGCGUAUGUUAGCUGAGCUGGAUAUGCUGAAGGAUCCCAGCUUCAGAGGGUCAGAUGAUGGUGAAGGAGGUGAGCUCUAUAUCUGUAAGGGAAAUUUUCUGGGACUAUUCUCUGCA